AUGGCUACGUCCUCGUCGCAACUAGCUGUCUGCAGAUCUUUGACCUGUCCCCGCGCGACGAAGCUACAUUCUGAGCUUCUUCCGUGGCGGCGACCGUCGUCAUUUCUGCUCUCCCUAUCUCACUCCAAUGCCUCGCACAAGCAGCCUUCCGCAUUCCGCGGAGCACGCCUCCGCGCAAUCAAGGGGUCCAGGGAAGGGGAGAAGGGGAAGCAAGGACCAGCAGCGAUGGCGGUGGUUGUGGAGGCGAUAGAGAAGCAGGAUGAGAGCAGGCGCAAGGGAUGGCGGCGGCGACGGGAGGUCACGGAGGAGGUACCGGAGCAUCUGCUGCCUCGAGUGGCCAUAGUGGGGCGACCCAAUGUGGGCAAGUCAGCUCUCUUCAACCGCCUCGUGGGGCGCAACAUAGCCAUAGUGCAUGACGAGCCAGGGGUGACAAGGGACAGGCUGUACGCGCGUGCUCUCUGGGAGGGCCGGCAAUUCCUUCUGACUGAUACCGGAGGCCUCAUGGACGCACCUACCGCUGCUGCUGCUGCUGCCGCUGCUAGUGCUGUCAAGGGUGGGAGAGGGGCGAGGGCAGGGCGCGGAUCAGCUUCGUCCACAGCAUUGUUGGCUCUGGCCAAGGCGGAUGGCGUUGCUGUCAUUGGUGGCGGCGGACGAUUGGCCAGUGAGCGGGCGGCAAAGGAGGCUGAGGUGGCAGGUUUGCCAGAGCUGAUUGGUCGACAGGCUGCUGCUGCCGUGGAGGAGGCUGAUGCGAUCAUCAUGGUGGUCGAUGGGCAGGCUGGCGCAACAGCUGCUGACGUGGAGAUUGCUCAGUGGCUGCGGCGGCGCCACGUGGCAAGCAGCAAGCCAGUCUUCCUGGCAGUGAACAAGUGCGAGUCGCCCACCAAGGGACUCCUGCAGACAGCAGAAUUCUGGUCUCUAGGCCUCACCCCAAUGGCCGUGUCGGCCCUCUCAGGCACGGGCACAGGCGAUUUGCUGGAUGAGCUGCUCAAGGCGCUGCCGUCCCAGGAGGAACCCGAAUCGUCCACUUCCCUCUCCACCAUCACCAGCAGCGACGCUGCUGCUUCGACACAACUCGGCCGAGUGUCUCUGGCCAUUGUGGGAAGGCCCAACGUGGGCAAGAGCAGCAUAGUGAACGCACUGCUGGGGGAGGAGAGGACCAUCGUGAGCCCUGUCAGCGGCACCACCAGAGAUGCCAUCGACACCAAAUUCACCGGGCCAGAUGGGCAGGAGUACACACUUAUUGACACGGCCGGAGUGCGCAGGAAGGCAGCCGUGGCAGCAGGCAGCAGGGCGGAGGGUCUGUCGGUGAAUCGGGCGCUGAGGGCCAUACGGAGGGCGGACGUGGUGGGGCUUGUUGUUGACGCCAUGCUGUGCGUCACAGAGCAGGACCUACGCUUAGCAGAGCAGAUAGAGAGGGAGGGCAAGGCGUGUGUGGUGAUAGUGAACAAGUGGGACACCGUGCCGGACAAAGAUGCAACCAGCACAGUGAGCUAUACAGAGGACGUACGGGGCAAGCUGCGCUCCAUGCCCUGGGCUCCCCUGGUGUUUACCUCCGCUACCACUGGCCAAAGGGUUGCCAA